AUGGCCAAUCCAACUCACAUCCCAGCGAGGGAGAAUUCUACCAUCGAGUCUCAGGCACAAGCAAAAGAUCAAGACGCAGCGGCUCCCUUCAGGAAAGACAUCACCUCCUAUUUCGACAUCUCCGGCUUGUCUCAUGGCAACGGCACGGCCGACAUCAGUUCUGAGACGCAGCUUCGGCGACAUUCGCCCACCACCGCGACAAGGCGUCCGUAUUUCAGGUUCUAUUCAGACUUUGAUGCUCUGCAAAAGUGCUACACAACCACACCGCCAAAAGAGACCCGCCCACCGUUGACGCACUCUCUUCGGUUUGAAGUGACACUGUCUCCAAAACCAGGAGCUGACCAAUCUCUAGACGCUUCUUCUCUCCCUUCCUCGCCAUGUACCUCUGCACCGUCCGCAGAGACUUCGCCUCCCUGGGGUUCACGUCCGUCAAAAGAGAAGCAUUCAUAUCUCCGACAUCGCCCAAAGCUGAGGCGUAUUCUGGCGACGUCUCCUUCUUGGGACGUUGGCCUUGAGGGAAGAGAAGCCUCGGCUGGAUCUGUGCGACGACUUUCUUCGACUGCGUCAGAGGCGCAGACGAGUGUUGGCGAUAUCAUUGUUGUCCGAACAGACCAAACCCCAUUAACGCCGCCAUCAAGGAGUUUUCCCACUACCGAGAUGCCCACGCCGAGUUCUAUAAGGGUGGAAACAGAGUUCCCGGAGCACCGCAGCUCGAGUCACAGCCCACAACGGGGAACGCACUCUCACUCUUCGGAACAGCAAAGUCAGACUUCGUCCCGGAGGAGUUCUAUGACCCCCAAGGUAGUUCUAGCGACCCCGCUCAAAUACAUCCGCCAGGCGAGUCCACUCAAACAAUCGAGGACCACAACGAAAACUGAAGCCCCUCAGUCCACUCCGGUAGGUCGGGAUCGACGGAUGGCAGACCACACCAGCCAGAUCAAGAGAAACUAUACGUUGGAAGCACUCGAACUUGUGACGGGGAUCUUGCAGGAGAUAAAGCUCGCACCACCGAGUUCGCUGUGGCUAUCUCAGGUAAUAAAGCCCUUGAGAUGGAGAACAUCCUCGAAUAAGUCGCCCUCGCAUCAAAAGAAAAACGAACCACGAACCAUGCAGGGGAUUAUAUCGGAGAUCAACGACAAUCACAAAGGCAGUGGUGAAUUGCUCUCUGGGCUUCAAUCAUAUACCUCUAGCCAGAUAAAUUUGCGUAUGGGCAACGUGCCUAUGAACACCCCAGAUGAGACGGCCACAUACAAAAUUAAAAGGAGCCCUAGUGCAGAAACCGAGGAAUACUUCAGGGUCGAUAUCAGUAUUAGAGGGGGUACGAGCUAUCUCCCAAGUGAAGCUCGUCGAAUACACACGCCGCCACUUCCAGAGGCAGGAUUAGAUGGCCGACUGAAGGGGUUUUUCUUCGACUACAAUGCGCCGGGGCGGUCUGUGUGCCUACGAGGGACAGAAACCCCCGAAGGUGCAGUUGACAGCGUAAGCACCAAUCAGGACAGCAGUGGAACCUCGGGUCACAGUCGAACCAUGCCGGCCGGUAAGAAGCCAGGGAAGAUCAAGAGCAAGAACAAGCGGAUCCUGGCCGGGGAUUGGUACGAUGUGAAGCUGGCAGAAGUUGACAUGAACAUCCAGGCGGACAAAGGCGAGAUGAACCACGCUAAACAAGGCGAAAAGAGAGUCAACUCGCCUCAGUGCCUUCACAAAAUCCGCAAGAACCAGCGCGAUGCCGCCGAGUUCGACCUGACCAUCCCCGAGCAUCUGCCCAACAGUCCACUGUGUCCGCGGCACACCAAGUAUUGGCGCGUGGUCAGGGAGCGUGGAAGCCAAUUCAGGGGCUGUUGGAUGCACGGUCUGGGUAUUUUUCAAGCAGAGCCUUCACAAAGCAAUUAG